AUGUCUUCAGCAGACGGCCCCCCACCGCUCUCGCUGCGGCCGUUCCCCGUCGCCGACCAGAAGCCCAAGAACCUCGCCGAGUUCAUCGCCCGAGUCAACGCCCAGCCCGGCGGCUUCCGCGCCGUGACAGAAGCCAAGCUACGCGAGGACCUGAAGGGCAGCGAGUCUUCCGAUGGCGCGGCCGAUCAAGAUGAGGACAUGUCCGACGCCGGGCCGGAGAACGAGGUCGCGGAGAAGGACCCCAACGUUGCGCGCAUGGAAGUCUUGAAGAACAUUGACAUAGCCGGUAACACCGCCUUGUUGACGCUCGACUCCAUGUCCCUUCUCCUCUCGAAGCAGAAUCCGACGCAGGCGGGCAUGACCUUGUCCCAGCAGCUACGCGACAUGGUCGGUAUCGGCACUCUCGGCGCCGACCGGCUGCACGACUCCAACGUCACGCCAGCCAAGACGAAAGAUCAAGAGGCCGUGGCCAUGGGAUGGACCAUUAUGGAGAUCAACAAGACGAGGGACUCCGCGGAAGAGGCCGCUGCAUUCUUGGACAAGGAAAUCGCGGCAGAGAGCAAAUACUGGGAAGACAUCGUCUCGGUCAAGAAAGCCGGCUGGUCCGUAUGCAAGGUCCCGCAGGAGAGGCACACUUUGGGUGUGAGGUUUGGCUUCUCAGAGGCCGCUCCCGAAUUCAAGAACAAUGGCUUGGCGCCGAUGAGACGCGGCGACAAUGGCUCGACAGAUCUCGACUUUGGUCGAUUGGGCGGCGUGUCAGAAGCCCUGGUCGUCACAUACGAAAGAGACGGCAAAGUGAUUGGGCGAUCUACCACGCGAUCGGCCUCUGAAGACAGCUCACUAGAGUCUCGCAUUCUCGAAGCGCGCAACACCAUCUUCUCACAAGAGCUCUGGCACGAGCUCACCAAAGAAUCGCGGUCACUGGCCGCCUACGACGUCAAGCCCGAAGGCAGAAAGCUGACAUGCCAAGCCGACGACAAGACGAAAAUCACACUCGAGCUCCUCCCCUUGGAAUCAUGUCCCUCCCACGACCAAGAUCUGCCCGAGAAUGGCCUCGCGGAAAAGACAUCCAUGGUCUUGCACAUCCUCCUCAGUUACGCCCAUCGAUACAACGAGCUCAUGAGGAUACGGCCCGUGCCCCCGCACAUCUCCCGCGCCGCUCGCCAGCAGUCCUACGCUCUCCUGCGCCCCGUCCUGGCACGCACAAUGUACCUAAAGAACGUGGAGGAGUCCACGCUGUACGUCGGCCUGCUGGUCAAGACGCUUCAAAAAGCCGGCAUCCCUUCUUCCGUCGUCCUCCGCACCGCGCAAGCAACAGCGUCCGACCCCGGAUCGCGCGGACCGAACCAGCUCUCCGCAUCGCAGACUCUCGUCCGCAAUCUCUUGCAAACGCAAGACUUCACCCUCGAGGUCACAAUCGUGCCCGACGUAUCGUUCGUCAUCCGCGCGCGCGCGUAUAGCUUCCCCAUCACGGCAACGUACUACUACAUCCUCCUCCCUCCCUCGUCGCCUCUCCUCGCCUUGUGCCCCCCCUGGACAGAAGGCUACCCCAGCGUCCGGGCACUGGGCGACUACCUGCGGACCGCCAUUGUCCGUGUCCUCACAAGCCACUUCUAC